CUUGUUGUUCUUCCCACCAAAAAAAAAUAAAAAAAAUUAGAAAAACAAGUCUCUUCUUCUAAAAAAAAAUAAAGAAGAAGAUAAAAAAAGAAAAUCGUGCCUUCUAUCCCGGGCCUAAUCCAAUCAUGGGCAGCCUACGUACUGAAGAAGAGCCUGAAAAUGGCUUCCCUACAUCCGUGAAAGCUUUUGAGCCCGAAGAGUUCAGAAGGCACGCUCAUUUGGUAGUCGAUUUCAUCGUCGAUUACUACAAAAACAUGGAAAAUUAUCCGGUCCGGAGCCAGGUGGAGCCCGGAUACCUGAAGAAACGAACCCCGGAUUCGGCCCCGCAGGAUCCGGAGGCCGUUGAGGACAUCCUCCGCGACGUGCGGAAUGAUAUUAUCCCGGGCCUCACCCACUGGCAAAGCCCCAACUUCUACGGCUACUUCCCCAGCAACAUGAGCACCGCUGGAUUCCUCGGCGAAAUGCUCUGCACCGCCUUCAACACCCCCGGAUUCAACUGGAUCACCUCCCCGGCCUCCACCGAGCUCGAGAACAUCGUCAUGGAUUGGAUCGGGAAGAUGCUCCAGCUCCCCAACGAAUUCCUCUUCGCCGGCGGCGGCGGCGGCGUCAUCCAAGGCACCACCUGCGAGGCCAUACUCUGCACGGUCGUAGCCGCCCGAGAUAAGAUGCUGCACAAAAUCGGCCUCGAAAACAUCACCAAAUUGGUCGUCUACGCCUCCGAUCAGACGCACUCCGCCUUCCAGAAGGCCUCUCAGAUCGCCGGGAUCAAACGCGAGAAUUUCCGGGCCGUCGGGACCACGGCCCGGAACGCCUUCGCCAUGACGGCGGACGGGCUCCGGGCGGCGAUCGAGGCGGACCUCAAGGCCGGGCUGGUCCCGCUCUUCCUAUGCCCCACGGUGGGCACGACGUCGUCCACCGCCGUGGACCCCCUGGGCCCGCUCUGCGACGUAGCGAAGGAGUACGGGCUCUGGGUCCACGUGGACGCCGCCUACGCCGGCAGCGCGUGCAUCUGCCCGGAGUUCCGGCACUUCCUCGACGGCGUGGAGAGGACCGACUCAUUCAGCUUCAACCCCCACAAGUGGUUCUUCACCACCAUGGACGCGUGCUGCCUCUGGGUCAAGGACCCGACGUCGCUCAACGACUCGCUCUCCACCAACCCGGAGUAUCUCCGGAACAAGGCGUCCGAGUCGAAGCGCGUCGUCGACUACAAGGACUGGCAGAUCUGCCUCAACCGCCGCUUCCGCUCGCUCAAGCUCUGGCUCGUGCUCCGGACCUACGGCGUGGCCAACAUGCGGAAUUUCCUCCGCCGCCACGUCGGCAUGGCGAAGGAGUUCGAGGGUUUGGUGAGGAAGGACGCGAGGUUCGAGGUGGUGGUGCCUAGGAACUUCUCGACCAUCGUGUUCCGCGUGUCCCCGAUGGGGACCUACCCGAGCUCCGCUCGUGCCUUCGGGGACGAGGGGGCCAACGAGCUCACCGCCAAGCUGCUCGAGUCGGUCAACGACUCCGGCAAGGUCUUCAUGACGCACGCCGUCGUCGGGGGCGUCUACGUCAUCCGCUUCGCCAUCGGGGCCACCCUCACGGAGAAUCGGCACAUUAACCUAGCGUGGAACGUGUUGCAGGAGCAUGCCAAUCAGAUGCUCAUGACGCUCACAUGAAACUCUUCAACUUGUUCUAAUUAGGAAUUUUUAUUGUCCACUUUUUUUAAUUUGUUUCUUGAGCUUCAGAGAACUGCGCAUUCGGAUUUCUCUGUUGUUACAUCUUCUAUUCGAUCAAUGUUACGUGAAUGUUGGAUAAAAAACUUGAGUGUUUUGUGUCCAUGUUAUUUGUCAAACAAAACCUCGCUCAUUUUGUUCAAUGCUAGGUUGCUAUGUAUUUUGCUGCA